GCUUCUUCCAGAGCUCUGUUUUCAUUAGUUUUUCUCCUCUUUUCAGCUGCAGAGUGAGGAAAAAACAAGCAGCGCUGCACAGCUUGCAGCAGCAGCGGGGGGCUCCCUGCUCCCUCCAACUCGGCGUGAGCACACCAUGGGGCUCGUCACCGUCGUGCCGUGGCAGGGCUGCACCCUGGCCAGUGCUGAGGGGGGAUGAGCCCUUCCCUGACCCCUGACUGUGGGUCCUGCCACGCUGCCCUGGGUGCCAGCACGAGCGCAGGGGCUCAGGGCCAUGGCGGCCAGCCCCUCCUCGGGGCUGUUGUCACUGCAGGACAAGGCAAAGAGCGGGGCCCUGUGCACAAACACACAGGGAGACGCCGUCGUGAUGGAUGGCUGGAGUGCGGGGCCAGCAGCGGGAGCAAGUUCCUGCUCUAGUGGGAUGGGAGGCGUUGCUUGUGGUCUCUCGCCCCAGUGCCUGGCCUUGCUGCCCUCGUGUUUUCACAGGGCAAUUAGAAAUCCGAGCCCUGCAGCCAGCACGGUGCCUGUGGGUGAGGAUCGUACCCGGCAAUGGAGGGUGGGAGAACCCACACGGCAAACACACCUCCACUGCCAGGGGCUUGGCUGCUCUGCCACAUCCCCAGACCAGGGGGACGCACUUUCCUCUGGUGCCAUUUCAGCACAUGCAGAGCUGCUGGCUGUGGGUGCUGCGAGCUCGCAGCGACCCCGGGCCCAGGGCCCCAUGCAUGGAGGAGCCCCCUCCCACCCUCAUCCCUCGGGGCCAGGGAGGCCCUGGCUGCAGGUCCUGAUGCUGGGUGGGUGCAGUGGGCUCACACACCUCCCAGAGCCGUCCUGCCCUACGCCCGCGGCCCCCUCCCUCCUGCCCCAGGCUGUAAAUCAGCAUGGCUGUGGGUGCUGGCGCGCUCGCUGCCGCCCACCAGUGCCCCCCACCUCCCGCAGGAUCUCUCUCCCCGGGUGUGUUAUCUGCUGCGGGGGUCCCACUUAUCUCCACUGUCACUUUCUAAUGCUAGUUUAUGGGCAGCGUUUAUGUAGCUUAAUUAUGAUGUUUUUCAGCGCGGUCACGUGGCCACAGAAGCCAAUAAGGCACCGAAGUGGGUCCAUCCCGGCUGAGCCUGGCCCCCGCGGGGAGGAGAUUGGCCGGUGUCCUGCCCGGGGCGGCGUGUGCGCAGCCAGAGCCCCGACGCCUUCACAGAGGACGCAGGUCCCAUAAAUCCCCCAUCCCGCUGCAGACGGGACAGCGGUGCCCAGCACCCCACGGAGGAUCCUCGGGCGGCAGCUCCCGGCCAGCGGCACAAGCGAAGAUCUCCUGCCGUACCGGCCCCACGUACAGUGGCAGGGCCGCUGGAGGGGAUGGACUAUUCCUAUGAUGAGGACCUGGACGAGCUCUGUCCGGUCUGCGGGGACAAGGUCUCCGGGUACCACUACGGACUGCUCACCUGCGAGAGCUGCAAGGGCUUCUUCAAGCGGACGGUGCAGAACAACAAGCACUACACCUGCACCGAGAGCCAGAACUGCAAGAUCGACAAGACCCAGCGCAAGCGCUGCCCCUACUGCCGCUUCCAGAAGUGCCUCACCGUGGGGAUGCGCCUGGAAGCUGUGCGUGCCGACCGGAUGCGCGGAGGGAGGAACAAGUUUGGACCCAUGUACAAGCGUGACCGUGCCUUAAAGCAGCAGAAGAAAGCUCUGAUCCGUGCCAACGGCUUCAAGCUGGAGACCGUGCCCCAGAUCAUGUCCCCGGUGCAGAACGACUACAGCCUGUCCUCCACCAUCCACAGCAUCCACACCAUGUCCAAGACCUUGCCACCCAACCCCGCCGCCCUGACGCCCAUCGACUACGAGCGCAGCCCCUACGGGACUCCGUCCCUGGGAAUGACUGUGCCUAGCCAUGCACCACUCGCUGGCUACCACUACCCCUCCUUCCCUAACCGCACCAUCAAGUCCGAGUACCCGGACCACUACACAAACGCGCACGAGUCCAUGCCUGCCUACGUGUACCCAGAGACCUACCCCAGCAGCUCCCCCCCCGACAUCCCUGAGGUCAUCCUGAAGCUGCUGCAGCUGGAGCCGGACGAGGCCCAGGUGAAGGCACGGAUACUGGCCUGCUUGCAGCAAGAGCAAGGCAAAGGCCGGCACGAGAAGCUCAGCACCUUUGGCCUCAUGUGCAAGAUGGCCGACCAGACCCUCUUAUCCAUCGUGGAGUGGGCACGGAGCUGCAUCUUCUUCAAGGAGCUGGAGGUGGGCGACCAGAUGAAGCUGCUGCAGAACUGCUGGAGCGAGCUGCUGGUGUUCGACCACGUCUACCGGCAGCUGCAGCACAGCAAGGAGCACAGCGUGCUGCUCGUCACCGGCCAGGAGGUGGAUAUAUCGACCGUCACAGCCCAGGCCGGCUCCAUCCUGAACACUCUGGUGCUGCGGGCGCAGGAGCUCGUCCUGCACUUGCACUCGCUCCAGGUGGACCGGCAGGAGUUCGUCUGCCUCAAGUUCCUCAUCCUCUUCAGCCUUGAUGUGAAGUACCUGGAGAACCACACGCUGGCUAAGGAUGCUCAGGAGAAGGCCAACGCAGCGCUGCUAGAGUACACCGUCUGCCACUACCCCCACUCCACGGACAAGUUUCGCCAGCUGCUGCUGCGGCUGGCGGAGGUCCGGGCUCUGAGCAUGCAGGCGGAGGAGUACCUCUACCACAAGCACCUGAGCGGGGAGGUGCCCUGCAACAACCUCCUCAUCGAGAUGCUGCACGCCAAGAGGACUUGAGUGCAGCUGCGAGCACGGACCCGGUGGAGCCCUGGCACUGCCAGCGGCAUGUCAGGGGCAGGACGCACACCCGGGGCUGGCGGGCCAGCGCCGCCUCUCCACCCCGCCUUUCUCAGUGACGCUAUUUAACCUGUACUAUUGGAAAAGUCCCAGAUAGUUUAUUUUAAUACAAAGUAAGGAUGGUUGAUGGCCAUGGGGCCGUGGGCUCGGCUGCCAGACUGCCCCAUUGGCAGCACUGCCCCCCAGCUCCUCUGCACACCCGGUGCUUGACUUGUUGCCUGCCCGACCCAGCUCUGCGGCACAAAGGAAGGAUAAAGCCUGUCUCGGCCUUUCUCCUAUUUACGCUCCUCUCCUGCCACCCCACCAGCCAUUUCUCCACUGCUGCCAUCCCUCCCCCAACCCUGCCCCAUGUCUCAGGGCCCCUCGUGCACAGGGCAGGGGAGAGGUGAGGUGAACACCCCUGGGCUGUGGUUUCAUGGUGGUUGGGGUGUUCCCAGGCACCAGCCUGGAGGCAGAGGAUUUCUGCAGGAGCUAAGCAGAACACUGGGGCUGGAGCUGGAGAUGUUGGCCCCACACAGCCAUGCUGGGACCCCAAGGUGCACAUGCUGGGGUCCCUGCUCCUGGCUUUCUGCAGUGUUGUUGCCUGCAGUGUCACCGCUGCCCCAGUUAAGCAAGGGCAGGCAGGGAUGGACAGUGCUGAGCCCUCAGCUGAGAUUUUCUCAGUGCUUGCUGGUGCUGGAGGCACCAGCCAUGGCUUUGCAGCCCGUGGCAGCUGCAGUGCCCAGAGCCCAUGGGUGUCUGCAGUCAGCACAUCUCCAGGAUGUCAAAGUUUUGCUGCAGAGGCUCUAAGAGAUUUGGUGCUGGGAGCAGGGGACUGUCCUCGGGACCCUUUGGGCCCAUGGCCCUGCUGCUGCGCCCUUGGUGCCAGCACAACAUCGCUGUGGCUGGAAAGCUUUGCAGAUCUUGGUGCCCAGGGGGCAGCGGCACCGCAAAUUGAGCUAGUUCCCGAAGCUUGAGGACAGGGUGGGCCCAGGAUGGUGUCCCUGGGCACCACAGGUCCUGCCUCGCUCCAGCCAUCAGCGAUGUCCAGUCAGUGCCUGGAGAACAGUCAAGGGGCAAGAUGGGGCCAGGGAUGGACUCUGUCCCCUUUCUGCCUGCCGGUGAUGCUGGCAGAGCAGCCGGGCAGGUAGGAGGUGCAGGGUCCAGCCCCUGCAUCACAGGUGCCAGGGCAGCAGCAGGUCCAGGCUGCAAAGAGCCCAGAGCUGCUCCUGCACUAACACGUGCCAAGGGUCUCAGCGGAGCUGGGGGAGGCUUUGCAGCCCCCUCCUGCAUUUAUGUGCCCAGGCACAUGGGUAAGACGUAAUAAGAAUUGUCCUGUGCUUCACGCCGGGCUGGGCUGAGCCCCCAGACCCCAUGACACGCUCCGCCGUGUCCCCAGGUGGCAUCAAAUGCUGUGCUGAAGCCACAAGCAAAGAGCUGUUGGUUCCUCUCCCAUCGUGGGACAGGGGCUCGCAGACACAAACGGGCAGCGCUGGGGAGUUGCAGCCCCACCAGCUGGGACAUGCUGGACUCUCACUGCUGCUUUCUCUCAGUCUCAGCCAUGCUCUCCUCUCCUCCCGCCCCGCUGCUACCACAGGGCAGCCCAGCACGCCCCCCACCCCCCCUUCCUGGUCAGGCCCCCCCAGCUCUGCUGGGGCUCCUCCAGUAUGGCUGGGUACAGUCCAGUACCUGAACCAAACCUGGUUCAGGUUUGUUUUCCACGACGGGUGUUUGCUCCUUGUUUGGAGGAGGCUGUCAUCAGCUGCAGCUCUGCGCAGAGCCGGUGCCUUGAGGAGCUGCAGACGCUGCGCCCAGAGCCGCGCGGUUUAUGGAAGCUUGUUAGCUGCAGAAGAGCAUGUUUGUCUCUGCUUUUCAACAUGUUUGUGCAUUUUCCUCCUGAAGUCUGUGGUUCGGUUUCACCUUCUUCUUUUUGUGAACUUAAAGAACUGGAGAAAAUCGUUUGGGAGGUAGAAGAUGGUUUAUUUUCAGAAAAUGAAAAGUGUCCUUAAGUGUCUCUCUCUCUCUGUCUCUCACAUCCUUUUCUCCCUCUCAUUCCUCUCCUUCCCCACUCCCCACCCUUCCUUCCCAGGCAGGAGGUUACCAACUUCCUUGUCAGGAGCAAACCACUGUAAUAAAUU